AUGGAUAUUCCGAACGGAGCGAAGAUCAAGGUGAAAGUAAAAAUGAUUGAAGUGGAAGGUCCUCGGGGCAAGUUGACCCGGAAUUUCAAGCAUUUGAAUCUGGAUUUCCAGUUGAUUACCGACGAGGCCACUGGAAAGAGGCAAUUGAAGGUCGAUGCCUGGUUCGGAUCCAGGAAGACCGCCGCCGCCAUCCGCACGGUGCUCAGCCACGUUGAUAACCUGAUCACUGGUGUUCCUAAAGGCUAUCGCUACAAGAUGCGGUUUGUGUAUGCUCACUUUCCGAUCAAUGCUUCGAUCACUAAUGGAAACAAGUCCAUUGAGAUCCGUAACUUCCUUGGAGAGAAAAAGUCCCUCUCAGUUGUCCCAAAGAAGGCAUUAACUUCAUUGAACCCUACUGACCCCCCCUCACUAACCACCACCCCAACUCUCGGUACUUGUGCCUGUCUUUGUAGGGCAGAUGCUGAUAAUUCUUUAGCAAGUGGGUAUUGCUCAAUUUCAAGUGAAAAGGGGUUUACUCAAAUAUCUGAUCCAGAUGUUGGAAAUGAUCUUAAAUAUCAAGCCGGAAGAGCAAUCUAUGCUUUGCCUAUUCGCAUUUUCAACCCUGCCAGUCUAAAUCCAGCCUCAUUUGAAACUACCGCCUCCUUCCAAUUUUGUGGCCUAACCUUUAUUAUAGUUUCCAAUGAGUUUACAGUGGGACGGCCUGGUGCAUGGCUUGACGCGCCGGUUCCUCUGGGGACUCAGUACUAUGAGAGGAAACAGGAGAAUGAGAGUCCUAAUGUUGAGUUUGAUUCAUCGGACAUGGUGUCCGAAUUAGGGAUUGUUCCAGUAGAGAAAAAGAGGGGGAUGCAAAGGUAUGAGGUUGCACCACCAGUAAAUUGGGGAAUUCGUAUUGUUCCUGAGAAGAUGGCCUUUGUAGUUGAGAGAUUUGGGAAGUAUAGGAAGACGUUGACUCCUGGAUUCCACCUGUUGAUUCCGAUUGUGGAUAGAAUUGCCUAUGUGUAUUCCCUUAGAGAAGAGGCCAUUCCCAUUCCAGAACAUUCUGCGAUUACGAAGGAUAAUGUUAGCAUUUGGAUUGACGGAGUACUCUAUGUUAAGAUUGUGGACCCCAUGUUGGCCUCUUAUAGAAUUAAGAAUCCAUUGUAUGCAGUUAUUCAGCUUGCCCAUAGUACUAUGCGACGUGAGCUUUGUAAGAUCACUCUAGACAAGACUUUCGAGGAACGUGACACUCUUAAUGAGAAGAUAGUGAUAGCCAUUAAUGAAGCUGCAAAAGAUUGGGGCGUGAAAUGUCUUCGUUAUGCGAUAACAUAUUUAAUAAUUGAAGGGGACAUAUUUCCACCACGCGGAGGGUUUCAGAAGCUGACAAGAAUGAAGAACCAUCUUAGACAACUGGUGAUGAAAGUUCCACGACUGCUGAACCUGCUGAUGGAGAAACAAAUUGUUGAUUAUGUAUUUGUACCAUUAGGCUUUGUACUAAUGGUUACUUAUCACAUUUGGCUUCUCCAUCAAAUCUUGAAGCACCCAAACCGAACUGUAAUCGGCAUCAAUGCAAUCAAUCGCCGCCUGUGGGUUCGUGCCAUGAUGGAGGACACAUCCAAGAAUGGAGUGUUGGCUGUACAAACGCUAAGAAACAACAUAAUGGCAUCGACCCUUUUAGCAUCGACGGCUAUUAUGCUGAGUUCCCUCAUCGCCGUGUUGAUGAUUGGUGUCGGUGGCGGCGAGAACCGUUCAACAAGGCUCGUUUUUGGAGACAAAAUUUUUUUGCUGUAUUUCUUGGAUGUUACUUUUGGUCAUGGGUGGGAUUCUCUGUCUCCAAUUGAAGAAAAGAAGACGGACGAGGAGGCCAAUUGA